CCUAGAUGAGUCGGUGAUCUCAGAUCUCGCCCCAGUCUAUAAAUAUGCCUCCUUAAUGCCUUUGCCCCCUCUCAUCCUCUCUCUCUCCCACAGCCGCAAGCCUAUUAUUAGUCGAAGUUUCGGGCGAGAAAAAUUUCUAGGGUUUCCGUAGUCUUGCGGUUGGGGAUUUUUGGCCGGAGUCGGGAUCCGAUAGGAAGAGAAAAGGCGCGGAAUCUUCGAUUCGGGUUGCGUGUUGCGUCUCCUUUUAUCUGGGUUUUCUUGUCGAAGGAAAGAGAGAUUCAGAUGGCUCGAUGCUUUCCUUACCCGCCUCCAGAGGGCUACUUGGGGAUUGGUGGUGGUGGUGGUGGAAGGACUUUGCUGGGAGGACCGAUUAAGCCCCAUGCUGAGACAGAGAAGCAUGUCAAAAAGGACACUGAAAAGUGGCUGAAACGCAAGUCUAAUGGGAGUCAUAAGGUGGAAGAAACCAAAUCCAAAAGGAUCAAGUUCACCACCAAGGGUGGUGGUGGUACUUCUCAAAAGAAGGAUAAUAAAGAAGACGGAGCCGAAAGCAGUGGCGUAACUGAAGAGCAUGGCCUCCCUGUCUUUAGCCAAAGCCCUUGUCAUUCUUCCGAAUCAGUCCGGGUCUUCAAUGAAAGGCCAACAGCAGCUGAGAAUACCUUGGAGAGGAAACGAAAUGUCAUUAAAAUAAAACUGAAUGCCCCAAAGCCCGAAGAACCAGUAAGUACAGAACAGAUUGGUCAACCUUCUACGAGUUCUUCCCAUCAGAAGAACAAUGAUGUCAGUGAAAGACUUCCCCACCCGCCGUCCACAUCUGAACUGCGGAAGAAUGAAAAAGAUGUUUCUGCCGAAGUUGGAAAGACUCCGAUACAUAUUUCUUCUGGAUCCAAGAAGAGGUCUGGGUCCAAGAAAACGUCGAAACAAGAUCUCUAUGAGUCUCUGACCAGUGGUUGGAUGCCCCCUGCUCUUCAGUCUGGGCAGUCGGAACCUGGAGUGGAGCUCGAUUGGCUCUUUGCCUCCAGAAAGCCUGGCAGCCUAAGUACCAGUGAAGGGUCGAAGAUCGUCUCUUCAUGCAGUGCUGCAAGCUCAUGUACUGCAGUGUGGCCUAGAGCUCAGUUCUUGCCGGAAGUGGAAGUUUAUUCAUUGCCCUAUACGGUUCCAUUUUGAUCAAGGACCAAUUAGGUAAAGAGUGUAAUGCGCCCGUUGUGUUUUUGAGAGGUACACCCUGGGCUGAUUGUCAGGAAAGAAAGAAAAAACUUAGUUCUAACGAUAGGUUUUUUAGGAUCUUUAGAUUGAUUGACCCUUCUGUACAGAAAUUUGUUUGGUAUGAUCUAGUGCAAUUCUUUUACACUGAAUUUGUGACUUUUGGGUGCUCCUAUCCUUCGUCAAUCUGCAUUGUAUUUUUAUAACAUAAAUUGUGAUUGGAGACAAUCGACAUGUUGUAAAUGAGUUGAUAAAGUCAGUUUUUCCCCC